CGCCGUUAACUCCGAGGUUCAGUUCCAGUGGGUAAUGCCAUCUUCCACUUUCUGUUCUUCUCCCACAAAACACAAUAAAAAACCAUGGCUAAAAUGACAAAUCCAGGAGCACUUCGUCCCCUUCAUUCUUAUUCCCAUCUCAAGCAGUGGCCUUUUGUAGAUUCUAGUACAAUCCUUCCUGGUUUUAGAGAUUCUCGUUUCUCUAAUUUUAAAGGGACGCUGAAAAGCUCAAGAAAGGCAUCGUUUGUUCCUGUAAUAGCAUCCCAGAGCUCUCCUGUAAAUUAUGUCCCGGACGCAAAAUUUUACAAGGUGGAAGCGAUUCUCAGCAAGUUUCUUCGGUAAGACAGUAAGAGCUGAUGGACCUUUAAAUUUAUGUAUGUAGUUAUAAUGCACUUCAUGUUUCUGAAUUUCUUUCCAUGGAUAGUUAAUAAGAUCCUGCUAUGUUGUAUCAAAUGUUACUCCAUACUAUUGCUUUUGAUCUUGAUUCUAGUAAAAAUUUCCUGCAUUU